AUGUUCGCUGCGGAGCUGUCGUACACAUCGCAGGAAGCAACGCAUGUCUGUGACCAUGUUCUGCAUUUGGAUGCAUCGCACGGUGAGCAAUCCGUGAUAGGGUGCGGCGCUUCCGCGCUCUUCGCCCAUCUUGCCAAGCUGUAUCCAGAUGUGGAGGUGCAGCAUGUCCGCUUGUGGGAGGAGGCCACCCGGAAGGAGAUGGAGUACAACUUAGAGCAUGUCAAUGCCAAAAUGGCAAUGCUGGCAGGACGCGGAUCUGAGGAGACCACGCAGCAGUUUGCCGGCAUUGAGGUGCUUGCGAAACAGCUUGCAACCGCCAGAGGUCUGGUGGUGUCGGCUCCCAUGUGGAACUUCGCGGCGCCGUAUGUCGUGAAGCAGUACUUCGACUGCGUGCUUCAUCCAGGAUUGACGUUCAAGGAAGUCGGUGCUGGUCCCUCUGGACUUCUGGGUGGCGGACGUCCAGUGGUUUUGCUGACUUCGUCAGGCGGUGCUGCCGCGAAAGACUACCUUACUCCAUGGAUAUUGGACGUUGCAGCCAUGGCUGGCUUUGACAGACCCAAAGUGGUGUCAGCCACCGGUCUCGUGAGCAGAGACCGCACGACGGCCAUCGAGGUUUUCCGCAACCAAGCAGAAGCUGCGACGGAGCACCUGGCUCUCGAACAGGGAACAGACAGGCCAACCAAGUCGCUGGACGAAGAAAUUUCCACCUCGUGUGGGUACGAGGAGCUUCGAAGCUGGUUGGAGAGCACUGGCGGCUUGAGUUCCGACUGCUUGGACUCUUUGGAGGCUGCACGCGUCAACGGCGAGCUGUUUCUAUCUGCCUCUGACCACGACUGGCGUGACGAAGAGCUGGGUCUCGAAGAGGCCGACAUCGCUCGCCUGCAGGAGCUGCAGAAGAAGUUCCGUGAAGUCGCGGGAGAUGCAGAAGACUGA